AUGUCAAUAGAUCUCAAUUGGGAAACGCUCACCAGCGGCCCCGACGGCGAUGCCCUCGCCGAGCGCAUCCGAUCCUUCAUCCAUGACAAGUUUCAGACGGUGCCUCUACCACGCUUCAUCCGCUCAGUGACGGUCCACGGCUUCGACUUUGGCACUAUCCCCCCAACGCUGGAGCUCAAGGACAUUACGGAUCCUCUGCCGGACUUUUACGAGGAAGAGUUUGACGAUGACGACGACGACGAGAGCGAAGAGGAGCCCUCGCCGCCGCCACCACCUCCGGAACCUGAGAGGUUGAGGCCGGGACCUACGCCGCUGGGAGGGUAUCGGAGGAGGCCUGGUGGCGGGCUCAGGAGCGAGGUUUUGAGGAACGAGAUGAUGAGCCAUGAUCACGGGAGUCCGUUCUUGGGCACGUCCACGCCGGGCAUUCUGGGGGGACCUGGGUUGAGCUACUUUCAGGGCCAUCUUGGCACGGGGACGCACACGCCUUUGGCUGCUGUUGCGAGUGCCCAUCACACGAAUUGGAUGAGCGCGCCGGGUACACCUUAUGAGAUGAGGACGCCAAGUCAUACUCGGAAUCCGUCAACGAGCAGUAUCAUCUCUUUGGACAACUUUCACUCAAGCCUUGCGCCGCCUCUGCAGAAUCUGCGGGAGAAGGGGAGUGUAUCGACGCUUGCGCCCACUUCAGCUGGCGCAUCCAGACCACCUACGAGGGAUACGCAUCUCGGUGGUUCUGCCAUUGUGGACGAUGACGAUGAACCAGAGGAGGAGGAGGGUAGCCCGAGAAGGGAACCUCGCGUAGAGGACGUCCAGGCUGUCUUCAGAAUACGCUAUAACGGCGACAUACGACUGCACCUCACAGCCGAGAUUUUGCUCGAUUAUCCCAUGCCCAGCUUCGUCGGCAUCCCUCUCAAGCUCAACAUCACAGGCUUGACCUUUGAUGGUGUUGGUGUCCUGGCCAAGAUCCGCAAGCGUGUUCACUUUUGCUUCCUCGGCCCAGACGAUGCCCUCGCGGCCGUCGGCCCUGACAAUGAGGAUGGAGACGAGUCUGGCCAGAAUAAGGCAGGCGCCAAGAAUGAGCAUCACAAACCGAGGUUUGGAGGUCUGCUACAGGAAAUCCGCGUGGAGAGCGAGAUUGGUGAGCAGGAUGGGGGUAAGCAGAGCUUGAAGAAUGUGGGCAAGGUCGAGAGAUUUGUGCUGGAGCAGGUGAGACGCAUCUUUGAGUCGGAGUUUGUGUAUCCCAGCUUCUGGACGUUCCUGGUAUAA